AUGGAAGUGCUAAAGACAACAGCGAUCAGCGAGAAGACGGCAGCCAAGCUAAUUAAAAAGUUUGUGAGCGAUAAGGAAGAGGAAGAAAGUACCGACUUAAUGAUAAACGAUGAGGUCAAGUUCCAAUUGGGCCAGGUAUUGGCCUACUUGGAGGGCAGAAAACCUCAGAUACAGAAUACCUACUACCAGAAUGAGCAAUUCUAG